UCAAAGGUCAAUCUGCCUAGAUGGGCGUGAUAAAAUAGGCCACGCCCAUCUAAAACUUAGCAGAGAGGAUUUACUCAGUACAGUAUCUUCUAUACACAAGGGGACAAGGAUCCAUGGCAGGCUCUUCUCAAGAUGAUCUUGACCUUGGUGGUGGCGACAGCUUUAGGAGGACAUGGGACUCAAGGAAAUAUGAGAAAUUAGCACGAGAUAGAGCUGAUACUGAUCGAGAAGGAAAGAAUCCGUCGGCGCCUGUCAAACGAGAGAUGUUGAAGGCCAGAGACUAUAGAGUUGAUCUUGAUUCUAGACUGGGCCGCUCCAUUGUCAUCACUAAGAACACACCUCAGGCACAGACUGGAGGGUACUUUUGUAACGUGUGCGAUUGUGUAGUCAAGGAUUCAAUCAACUUCCUCGAUCAUAUUAAUGGCAAAAAACACCAGCGGAACAUGGGUAUGUCUAUGAAGGUGGAGAAGAGCACAGUGGAUCAGGUCAGAAAAAGGUUCGAGUUCAACAAGAAAAAGAAAGAAGAAGAAAAGAAAAAAUACGAUUUUGAGGAGAGAUUGAAAGAAGUGAAAGAAGAUGAGGAGAAGUACAAAGAGUAUCGUAAAGAGAAGAAACGAGAACGCAAGAGAAAGGACAGAGGAGAGGAGGAUGAAGAUACAGCUGAAUUGGACCCUGAACUGUCAGCUAUGAUGGGCUUCUCAGGCUUUGGGGCGAAGAAAAAAGCUGUAUAACUAUAAUCAUGCAUGUGUCUCUCAGUUAAACGGUUAUUGUCAAUUGCAAUCUACAUUGAAUGAAUGCAUGUAUUAUACACACAACAAAUAAUUGAAAUAAAAGCA